GUUCUUAGUCUUUCAUAUAAUAAUAUAUCAUUGAUCAAUGAGAACAAAGUCAAAUCUACUUUGCCCGAAUCUCUUGAGCAGUUAGGAUUGGCCAAAUGUGAUGUGAAAGAAGUGGAGUUUCUAAGAUCCGCAAAGAAUCUUGGGGAGUUGGAUCUUUCAGAUAAUAAACUUCAAGGAAGAAUUCCUGAUUGAACAUGGUCUAACUGGAUGUUUUCAUUGACAAAUCUUAAUAUAUCCCACAAUAUGCUGACGAGUAUCGAUUUGAUUCCUCUUCAGACUGUACAUACUAUUGAUUUACGGUCCAAUUUUCUUCAAGGUUCACUACCUAUUCCACCAAAUUCCACAAAAUACUUCUUCAUAUCUGAUAAUAAUCUCACUGGAGAAAUUCCUUCAUCUAUUUGCAAUUUGACAUCACUGGUAAUGCUAGAUUUGGCGAGAAACUAUUUGGGGGGAGGAAUUCCGCAAUGUUUGGGUAAUAUUAGUGGCCUCGAGGUUCUGGAUAUGAGUAACAACAAACUUUCUGGGACUCUUCCAACAAUUUUCAGCAAUGGAAGUUCACUGAGAAGCCUCGACUUGCAUGGCAAUAAACUAGAGGGGGAAAUUCCCCGAUCUUUGGCCAAUUGCAAAGAGUUGCAGGUUCUUGAUUUAGGAAAUAAUCAUCUCAUUGACACAUUCUCCAUGUCGUUGGGAACUCUUCCAAAGCUACAAGUUUUAAGUUUGAGAUCAAAUACAUUGCAUGGGUCCAUUCAACCUCCAAGGAUUGAAACUAUUUUUCCAGAGCUUCGAAUCAUAGAUCUCUCUUACAAUGCCUUCUCGGGAAACUUACCUUUGAGUCUGUUUCAACAUCUGAAAGCUAUGAGGAAACCUGAUCCAUCAAUGGAAAGAGUAAUAUCUCUGGAAGACACAUAUUAUGAAGAUUCUAUUACAGUUGCAACCAAGGGAUUUGAUCGUGAAAUUGUGAGAAUCUUGCAUUUGUACACUGUUAUCGAUUUUUCAAGUAAUAAAUUUGGAGGGCAAAUUCCGAGUAUCAUGGGGGAUCUCAUUGCAGUUCACAUAUUGAAUUUAUCACAUAAUGGAUUGCGAGGUCAUAUACCACCAUCAUUAGGAGAUUUAUCUUCAGUUGAAUCAUUGGACCUAUCAGGAAACCAGCUUUCGGGAGAGAUACCACAACAACUGGCUUCUCUUACGUCUCUUUCAUUCUUAAAUCUCUCCCACAAUCAUCUCCAAGGAUGCAUCCCUCAGGGACCUCAAUUUCACACUUUUGAGAACAAUUCAUAUGAAGGCAAUGAUGGUUUACGUGGAUUUCCUGUUUCAAAAAGUUGUGGUGAUACUCGGGUAUUAGAUACAAAUGAUACUGUAUCUGCACUAGACGAUGAAGAAAGCAAUUCUGAAUUUCUGAGUGAUUUUUGGAAAGCUGCUCUUAUGGGCUAUGGAAGUGGACUAUGUAUUGGAUUAUCCAUAAUAUAUUUCAUGAUUUCAACUGGAAACCCGAAAUGGCUUGCAAGAAUCAUUGUAGAGUUGGAGCACAAAAUAAUGAUGGGAAGGAGAGAAGCAUUGAAGGCAAAGGAGUUGCAGAAGAAGAAACAAUCACUUGUAGACAAGUUAUAAUAGCUUAAUUUUUAACAAUUAUCAAUGCUCUAUACUAAGCUAGAUGUCUUUCAAUUUAAUUAUUUUUGGUGUAAUAUUUGUGAUGUAAAUGAUGUCUAAUCAGUCUUUGGACCUUUUUGUAGGCUUUUAAGC